AUGUGGCUUAUGGUGCCAUCAGUUUACGUUCUGCAGAUCUUCUGUUAUCGUACCAUUAACAAACAAAAACUACAACCAUGUUCAAACUUGUGUUCGUCGCCGCUCUGUUUGCUUUGGCCGCUGCUGCCCCUGAACCACUACCCAAAGCGAAUGCUGAGCCCGAAGCUAAGCCUGUGGCGAAGCCUCAAUUCCUCGCUGCUGCCUACACUGCCCCUGUUGUGGCUGCCCCACUCGCAUACACCGCCGACUACGUUGCUCCAGUUGCCUACUCUGCUUAUUACCCAUCUGUUUACACCGCUGGAUAUACUGCAUAUUCACCCUACACUGCUGCUGUUGUGGUUUAAAUUGUUGAAUAAAUAUCUUAUUUAUUGACUGCAAAAUAUGUUUUUCUGUGACUGCCUUUACAAAUAUUGCUCUUGAA